AUGUCCUCCUCGAUGAACUUAAGACAGUGCAUAGAGGCUACAGCACGAGCCUUCCUAUCCGCGUACGAAGAGGGCUCGGUCCAGAACGACGCCUCCAUCAUCAACCGCAACGUCACAGCGGACUGCAGACGGUACCUGCUUCCCUCGUCCGUACCCCAUGCCUUUGGCCUACCGGCGGACUUCUUUUUCGACACGGCAAAGUAUCAGGAGAUGUUUGGGAAGGACAUCAAGGUGUUGAAAUUCACAAACAACAUCAUGGCGAACCUGAUCAUCGAUACCGAAGCCCGCCGGGCCGCUUUUACGUCUGUCGCAGAGGUGCACGCCAAUAACGGAGAAACGUACCCGGCAGAGAUGGCUUGGUUCUUGUACUUUAAUGAGGAUGGGUCUAAAGUCAAGAAGUUCGGCUCUGAAGCAUACAGAAUGUGGAGGGAUAUCCAGACGAGCUUAAUAGAACGACCCACUUUGGCUAUACUCCGUACAAUCAUACCCAUGGCUGUUGGCCCACAUCGGGAUCCGCCCAUUUUCCAUUUUAGACCAGAACGCGAGAUUUUAACUUUCUCUACUUCCAUCCAGCCUCCUGUGCUCUCCAUGGUCAGAUGUCCCAUAUGCCAGGAACAUGUUGCUCUGUCCGACAUCAACGGACACCUCGACUCUGGCUGCCAGACAUUCAUCGCAACCCAGCUACAGAGUCCAGCAUCUUCUACUUUAAACGAAACUGACUGCGAGCAACGUGAGAGUCGUGCCAUUGCUCAAGGAACAACGGAACAACAUCACCUGAAGAAUAACUAUAAUUCAACAGUCCCGCUCGAUGUGGACAGAAAUAAAAAGAGGUCCUUUAAUAGGAACCCAACACCGCGCGCAAGAAACCAGAUACGGGAUUACCAUCGACUAAGCUUAUAA